AUGGAGAAGGACGGGCUGAGCCGCGCGGACCAGCAGUACGAGUGCGUGGCGGAGAUCGGGGAGGGCGCCUACGGGAAGGUGUUCAAGGCCCGGGACCUCAAGAACGGAGGCCGUUUCGUGGCGCUGAAGCGCGUGCGGGUGCAGACGGGCGAGGAGGGCAUGCCGCUCUCCACCAUCCGCGAGGUGGCGGUGCUGAGGCACCUGGAGACCUUCGAGCACCCCAACGUGGUCAGGUUAUUCGAUGUGUGCACGGUGUCCCGAACAGACAGAGAAACUAAACUAACAUUAGUGUUUGAACAUGUAGAUCAAGACUUGACCACUUAUUUGAAUAAAGUUCCAGAGCCCGGAGUGCCCACUGAAACCAUAAAGGACAUGAUGUAUCAGCUUCUCCGAGGCCUGGACUUCCUUCAUUCCCACCGCGUAGUGCAUCGCGACCUAAAGCCACAGAACAUCCUGGUGACCAGCAGUGGACAGAUAAAGCUGGCUGACUUCGGCCUGGCCCGCAUCUACAGUUUUCAGAUGGCCCUGACCUCCGUGGUGGUCACGCUGUGGUACCGGGCCCCUGAAGUCCUGCUGCAGUCCAGCUACGCCACCCCCGUGGACCUCUGGAGCGUCGGCUGCAUAUUCGCAGAAAUGUUCCGCAGAAAGCCUCUCUUUCGUGGAAGUUCGGAUGUGGAUCAACUCGGAAAAAUCUUGGACGUCAUUGGGCUCCCAGGAGAAGAGGACUGGCCUAGAGACGUUGCGCUUCCCCGGCAGGCUUUUCACGCAAAAUCUCCUCAGCCCAUUGAGAAUUUUGUAAACGACAUUGACGAACAAGGCAAAGACCUUCUUCUGAAGUGCUUGACAUUUAAUCCAGCCAAGAGAAUCUCUGCCUACGGCGCCCUGUCUCACCCAUACUUCCACGACCUGGAGAGGCGCAAGGAGAACCUGGAUUCCCACCUGCCGCCCAGCCACAACAGCUCGGAGAUGAAUAUAGCCUGA